AUGCCGUCCUACGCCUAUCCGCCACCGAGGCUCGACAAAGAGACCUCGACGACCAUCUCGUCGUUCCUGCGCACCGUCAUCCUCAUCUGCAUCGCCGGCGCCGCAGUCUCUUCUCGAGAGUUUGCCGUCGUUCGGUUCGAGUCCAUCAUCCACGAGUGAGCACUCCAAUUCCUCUGAUAACAAGAUCUUGACUGAGCGCAAAACCCUUUCUCCGCUUUUGCACAGAUUCGACCCAUGGUUCAACUACCGCGCGACCAUGACCCUGACCAAGGAUGGCUUUUACGUGGGUGUCGACAAAGGCAACAGUGAAGCGUUCUCACCGCCCAGAAAGCUGACCAUUGUAUCUGAAAUAUGCGACACAGGAAUUCUGGAAUUGGUUCGAUCCGACGGCUUGGUACCCGCUCGGUCGAGUCGUUGGAGGAACGCUCUACCCCGGCUUGAUGGUCACCUCGGGCCUCAUCUGGAAAGCGCUGCACUCGCUCUCGAUCCCCGUCGACAUCCGAGAAGUCUGUGUACAGCUCGCCCCCAUGUUUUCCGGUCUGACCGCUUUUGCGACCUACCUCUUCGCUCGAGAGGUCGGCAAGGACGGAUCGCGCGAAUCGACCGGUCUCUGGGCCGCGCUCUUCAUCGGUAUCGCGCCCGGUUACAUCUCGCGUUCGGUCGCGGGUAGUUACGACAACGAGGCCAUCGCCAUCUUCAUCCUCAUGUUCACCUUUUACCUCUGGAUCAAGACCGUCAAGACCGGCUCCAUCACCUGGGCCGCCGUGACGGCACUCUUCUACUACUACAUGGUCGCUGCGUGGGGUGGAUACGCCUUUAUCACCAACAUGCUGCCCUUGCACGUCUUUGUGCUAUUGCUUAUGGGACGCUACACCUCGCGCCUCUACGUCGCCUACUCGACGUUCUACGCGAUUGGCACCUUGUCGUCGAUGACGGUUCCCUUUGUCGGCUUCUUGCCCUUGCUCACGUCCGAGCACAUGGCCCCGCUCGGCGUCUUUGGUCUGCUCCAGCUCAUCGCUUUCGUGCAGCUCGUACGAUCGCACGUGCCCGAGGCCCAGUUCAAAGUUUUGUUCCGCGCCGCGCUCGGUGUCGGCUUGACGAUGAUCUUUGGUGGCUUGUGGUUCAUGACCCGCUCGGGCAAGAUUCAACCUUGGACCGGUCGUUUCUACUCGCUCUGGGACACGGGCUACGCUCGCAUCCACUUGCCGUUGGUCUCUUCCGUCUCGGAACAUCAACCGACCGCAUGGCCUUCAUUCUUCUUCGACCUCAACUUCCUCAUCUACCUCUUCCCCGCGGGUGUCUUUAUCUGCUUCCGCGAGCUGAGGGAUGAGCACGUUUUCGUCAUCAUUUACUCGUUCCUCGCGUCUUAUUUCGCCGGCGUCAUGGUUCGUCUCAUGUUGACCUUGACGCCCGUCGUUUGCGUCACGGCUGCCAUGGCGAUCUCGUCCGUUUUCGAAACCUACCUCGACCCCGUCCAACCCGAUACGACCGAAGACACCGUCGCUGCUAUGACUGAAGAAGACGGUACGAAGGUCACGAAAGACGCCAAGACGACGACGACGAAACGAUCGAACCGCAAGUUGUCAUCGACCAAAGCCGGUGUUUGGGGUCUAGACGUUCGAGCGAUGCCGAUUAUCGCCUUCACCUUUUUGGCGAGCUUGUUCGUACUGCACUGCACCUGGGUCACUUCGACGGCUUAUUCUUCCCCCUCCGUCGUCUUGUCGAGUCGAAACGCCGAUGGAUCGAACAACAUCAUCGAUGAUUUCCGAGAGGCUUAUUACUGGCUUCGACAAAACACCAAGGAGGAUGCCAAGAUCAUGUCCUGGUGGGAUUACGGUUACCAAAUCGCCGGAUUUUCGAACCGUACGACCUUGGUCGAUAACAACACCUGGAACAAUACCCACAUCGCUACGGUGGGUAAGAUGAUGUCCUUGAACGAAGAAGCGGCUUACCCUUUAUUGAGACAACACGACGUCGAUUACGUGCUCGUCAUCUUUGGUGGUUUGCUCGGUUUCGGAGGUGAUGAUAUUAACAAGUUCUUGUGGAUGGUCAGGAUCUCGGAAGGGAUUUGGCCGCAGGAGAUCAACGAACAAAAGUACUUUACCAGUCGAGGGGAGUACAAGGUCGAUGCGGAUGCGAGCGAAGUGAUGAAGAAUAGCUUGAUGUACAAGAUGUCUUACUACCGGUAAGUAGCGCACACCUAUUGCCUGGGCGGCCGGGCGGGGGACAGGAACGAAACUGAUCAAAUUGCGCUUCCUGGUUGCCCUCCAGCUUCGCCGAAGUCUUCGGAGGCGGUCAAGCCCACGAUCGUGUUCGAGGUCAAGUGAUUCCCAACACCCCUAUCCAACUCGACACAUUGGAAGAAGCCUUCACCUCGGAGAAUUGGAUCGUGAGGAUCUACGCCGUCAAGAAGGAGGAUUCAUUGGGGAGGGACCUCAAGUCGGCGAAUGCUUUUGCGGGGGGUAAGAGGAAGAAGAGGGUCAAGCCGGCGAAGAAGAAUACGUUGAGGAGGGGCACGUAA